GCCACUGGUGCCCCCCUUCAAGAAACAAGAUGGAGCCUCGUCACGGGAUUAUAAAAGCCUUCCCCAAAGUUAAAAGAGCCAAAGUGUUACCGAGAAAGGAUGCACCUCCAGUAAAGAAGAAACUUGAAGAAUGUGAUAUCUCAGGAAGCAUUUUUACUGGUGUUACAGUGUACAUCUUGCCUGCUGGAAUAGGAACUGCCAGAUGCCAAAUCUUUCAAAGACAAAUUCAGCAGAAUGGAGGACAGACGGAGAGUUCACUGUGUCCCAGUGUCACUCAUGUUGUUGUGGAUGACAACAUGAACAGGGACAGGGCUCUGCGCUUACUGAAAGUGCAUUGUAUGCCCUCUGGAGUCCAACUGGUGAAAUGCAUUUGGUUGAGCUUGUGCAUCAGUGAGAAACAAAUGCUGGAAGUUGACAGCUACAGCCUUAUUUCACCCAAGAGGGAAUCUGAAACCAAACAUGACAAUAUUAAAGAAGAGGAAUCGAAUGUAAAGCCUGCUGCAGAAGCUAUUGCAGAACCAGUGUCUGAUCAGGCCAGGCAAGAGGAGACCAUAGACAUGACAGUCACUAAGGAGGACGUGCGAGGAGACGAAGACGGCGUCUCACAGAGUGACCUGGAAGCUCUCAUCACUGGCCAGCACCCUAAAGAGGAGACUCCUGGCCCCAGCCUAGACCCUGGUUCAGACUCUGCUGCUCAGCAGGCGCUCUCAGGGAAGUGGGUCUGUGCCCAGUCCUCUCAGUCCAAAAGUAAUAACUUCAACAAACACAUCACAGACAAACUAGAAGUGCUGGCCAAGGCCUACACACACCAGGGAGACCGGUGGAGGGCGCUGGGCUACUCCAAGGCUGUCAACGCACUGAAGAGUUACCACAAGCCUAUUACAUCAUAUCAGGAAGCUUGUCAGAUCCCAGGAAUUGGAAAACGCAUGGCUGACAAAAUUGAUGAGAUCAUGGAGAGCGGUCACUUGCGGAAACUGGACCACCUCGGGGAGGCUGUGCCAGUGUUGGAGCUUUUUACUAACAUCUGGGGUGCAGGAGCUAAAACUGCCCAGCUGUGGUACCAACAGGGAUUUCGCACAUUGGAGGACAUCCGCACAAAAGCCCACCUAAGCAACACUCAGAAAAUAGGACUCAAGCACUACGAUGACUUUCUAGACCGAAUGCCCAGAGAAGAAGCAGCAGCCAUAGAAAAAGUGGUGAGAGAUGCUGUCCAGGCCAUAGACCCAGGCCUCUUGGCAAUGGCAUGUGGCUCCUACCGUCGGGAAAAGGCCACAUGUGGAGAUGUGGACAUACUUAUAACUCAUCCUGAUGGCAAGUCCCACAAGGGGGUUUUCAGCAAAGUUUUACAGAGUCUUCAUGACAGUGGGUUUUUGACAGACGACCUGGUGAGUCAUGAGGAGAACGGAGAGCAGAAGAAAUACAUGGGUGUGUGCCAUUUGCCAGGACCCGGCCACCGCCACCGCAGGCUUGACAUUAUAGUAGUGCCCUACAAUGAAUUUGCCUGUGCUCUCAUGUAUUUCACCGGGUCGGCACACUUUAACCGCUCAAUGAGAGCCCUGGCAAAGACAAAAAAAAUGAGCUUAUCAGAGCACUCGCUAAACAAAGAUGUGGUGCGUCAGGGUAACUUGAAGGUGUAUAGUGGCACGUCAUUUGCUACACCAACAGAGAAGGAUGUUUUUAGUCUUUUAGGCGUACCUUACAGACAACCUCAUGAAAGAGACUGGUGAAGAUUUGCCAAUCACCAAGCCUGUCACAAUGCCUUGUCAGGUUUUUAUACAGAAAUCAUGAUAAUGAAUGAUAACAAUGGUAACUCAUGGUAACAAUCAUGCUCUAUCAGUUUUAAGGAUGUUUUACUGCUGUACAGAUCAUUCAAGAGCCCUGUGUGACUUGAAUGCUAAUUUAAUUCUACAGAUUAUAAGGUUGAGUUCACUCAAAUCUCCUAAACAACACAUUUUUCUUUCUUAAUUGUUGAAGUGAUCUGUGCUGAGGUUGUGAGAUGUUCACCUCUGAAACCCCUGCUGCCACCCCAAUACAACCCAAUGAAUGGGAUUGAGUUAUAGGGUCCAGAGCCUUUGAGAGUAAUAAUGUUUAUUUUGAAGGGAUUGUUUCCGUUUUUUCAGCGGACAGCAGUUGGAUUAAGUCAAGUAACAAAGAAUAUUGUUAAGAUAAAAUGACUUGUUACACAAGGCUGGCAGCAGAAGUUUUAAAGAAGAAUAUUCUAACACAUUAACAUGUUAAAGGUGCCCUGGUACACAAAACCAUUUUUUACUUGUAUUUUAAUUUAAAUAUGUUAGGUCCAUAAGUGUUAUGUCGUGAAUGUGAAAAUGAAAUGCCACCUCCUCUGUCAGCCACUAAAGAGAUAUAAGCGGAGGAAUCAGCCCAAUUAUAAUUACAAAAGCUGGUCGGUCUGACGUCAUGUUGCCUGAGCUCAUUACUAUUCAUGAGCUCGCCCAGCUGCGCUAGGUAAAGGAUACUGAUAGCCUCAUUGGCUAGCUGUUAGCCAAUCAGAGUCAAGCAGCUUAGCUCGUUGAAUAUCAACGACAACUGGCACAAAUCGAGUCUUCCUGCAGGCUUUCUAUACCACAUUAGAAUGGCUUGAAACAUGUUAACCAAGGCAUUUUUUCCACAAAAAUUUUUAAAAUCCUUGGUAGAACUUCAGAUAUUACCACAAAGUAAUGAAAUUCGUGGGCAGGGCACCUUUUGAUCGCAAACUAUGUGCAGGAGUGGAUGCCUCUAGAAGUAAAUGGAAAUAUUUGUGAUUGUGCAAGUUGAGUGAACACAGUAUACAGAAAUUUUAAUAUGGGUGAUGCUUGAUGUCGUAUAUUUUAUGAAAGAUGAAUAAUGGUAAUAAAGUAUAUCAAAGGG